UGCCAAACAUGAAGGAGGGGGAAAAAAGCAAGCGGCAAAAUGUUGUCAGCGGAAGAAAUACAGAUUCGGAGGUUCGUUUCUGGACAACUCCGUGAUUGUCCUGACCUGAGGUAAAGUCCCUUUUGCAGUUUCUUUAAACGAAAUCAAACCAUGCAUGGAAGUUCCUGCUAGCUUAUGGCAAAGUUGUAACAUACCAUAACCGCUCGUGCGUGGUUGUUGGCUUGCAUGUGCCCUAGUAUGUCGACGAUGAGUAUGCCGCGUCUCCUCUCGAGCUGUCUCCCUAAACCAUCUAAAGUUGCACUUGAAAACGCUCAUUAAUUACGGACUGCCUCAGACCACUCGUAGAACAGCCAAUGCCUCGUUCACAACACCCAUAAGCACUUCGUUUAGUGAUGCAGUUCGCGAACGAUUCGUUAUUUUAGAACGACACUUUUUACUGACUCGAGUCAUGAUUCGUUUUUUGAAUUUUAUUUUACAUUUUAUUUAACUAGGCAAGGCAGUUAAGAACAAAUUGUUAUUUACAAUGACGGCCUACACCGGCCAAACCCGGACGACGCUGGGCCAAUUGUGCGCCGCCCUAUGGGACUCCCAAUCACGGCCGGUUGUGAUACAGCCUGGAAUCGAACCAGGGGGUCUGUAGUGACGCCUCAAGCACUGAGAUGCAGUGACCGCUGCGCCACUCGGGAGCCCAAGUGACUCGUUCAUAAAAGGCGAUGCAUGGUCAAUCAGACCGAGGUCUGUAUUGGCCAUGCAGCAUUUACGGUGAUAUGGCAUCUGCAGAAGUCAUAGCAUUCAUACUAUGCAGAGACAGUGUUGCCAACUCCUCAGUAAGGAAAGCUAUUGGCUGUCCUAAAAGUCGCUAAAUGACGUCAUCACCUAAUUUGCAUUGGCAAUGUGCAUGUAAUUGUGAUUGAUACUGUAGGAGAGAGCAAUAACGUUGUAAAAAACACCCUAAAUAUGUUUAGAACUACAAAUGAACUUUCUUCUGUCGAUUCUUGUUAUUUUUUUGUCACAAUUCCAACCCUCCUCCUUUAUCCGGGCUUGGGACCAGCAAAAGUGACCCAAAAGAGAGACUCUGGCCAAGUGAGUUUUUUUUUUUUUUUUGGUUUUUAACCUUAUGGUCCACUUAGGAGCCUACAACAAGUCACAGUAAAACAUGAACAUUUUUAACCAUAACAUUUUAAACAUUUUUUUUAUACAAUCUACAUUUAACAAUCUAAAUGGACCAAAAAGAGACAAUAGAAAAAACUGCCAAUGGCAAUGUGAGAAAAUGAUGGUAACUAGUCUGGCUCACAGAAUGAGUGGGUCAUCGUAAUUUUGGUCAAGGCUAUCUAUGGCAGGUUCAGCAACUGAAGGAGCUGACUUAAAUGAGUAAGCAGCUGAUGUGCCAAAAAGCUGCAAAACAUUAUCAGGCAGCUGGUGCUCAUAGCGAGCCUCAACAGACAGCUUCACUCCAUAUCGAAUGUACAGGAUGGAGUUAAGGGUCUGCAAGGACAUCCGAUUUCUAAGUUUGCUUUUUACCACACUCAUCUGGCUGAAAACUCUCUCGACUUCAGCAUUCGAGUGUGGCAAGGACAACACAGACACAGCAGCUAUGGCAAGUAAUUGAAACAGGUUGACAUCAGCUGCAUCCCUGAACUUCCAAAUCUCAUUCCAGAAGCCCAGUGUGUUUUUUGUCUCAUUCCAAUUACUAAGAUUCUCCGCUAUGCAAUCGGGUUUCUGAGCUGGUCAUGGGUGUAUCUCAGCCACACUCAAGGUCCUAAACGAUAUAAUAACCGUGAUCGAUAAAAGACAGUACUGUGCAGCCGUCUUCAUUGACCUGGCCAAGGCUUUUGACUCUGUCAAUCACUGUAUUCUUAUUGGCAGACUAAAUAGCCUUGGUUUCUCAAAUGACUGCCUCGCCUGGUUCACCAACUACUUUUCAGAUAAAGUUCAAUGUGUCAAAUCGGAGGGCCUGUUGUCUGGACCUAUGGCAUUCUCUAUGGGGGUGCCACAGGGUUCAAUUCUCGGGACGACUAUUCUCUGUGUAUAUCAAUGAUGUCGCUCUUGCUGCUGGUGACUCUCAGAUCCACCUCUACGCAGACGACACCAUUUUGUAUACAUCUGGCCCUUCAUUGGACACUGUGUUAACAAACCUCCAAACGAGCUUCAAUGCCAUACAACAUUCCUUCCGUGGCCUCCAACUGCUCUUAAACACUAGUAAAACUAAAUGCAUGCUCUUCAAUCGAACGCUGCUUGCACCCGCCUGCCCGACUAGAAUCACUACUCUCGGCGGGUCUGACUUAGAAUAUGUGGACAACUACAAAUACCUAGGUGUCUGGUUAGACCGUAAAUUCUCCUUCCAGACUCGCAUUAAGCAUCUCCAAUCCAAAGUUAAAUCUAGAAUCGGCUUCCUGUUUCGCAACAAAGCCUCCUUCACUCAUGCUGCUAAAAAUGCCCUCGUAAAACUGACUAUCCUACCGAUCCUUGACUUCGGUGAUGUCAUUUACAAAAUAGCUUCCAACACUCAACUCAGCAAAUUGGAUGUAGUCUAUCACAGUGCCAUCUGUUUUGUCAUCAACGCCCCAUAUACUACCCACCAUUGUGACCUGUAUGCUCUCGUUGGCUGGCCCUCACUACAUAUUCGUCGCCAAACCCACUGGCUCCAGGCCAUCUAUAAAUCACUGCUAGGCAAAUCUCCGCCUUAUCUUAGAUCAUUGGUCACCAUAGCAACACCCACUCGUAGUAUGCGUUCCAGCAGGUAUAUCUCACUGGUCAUCCCCAAAGCCAACACCUCCUUUGGUCGCCAUUCCUUCCAGUUCUCUGCUGCAAAUGACUGGAACGAACUGCAAAAAUCUCUGAAGCUGGAGACACUUAUCUCCCUCACUAUCUUUAAGCAUCAGUUGUCAGAGCAGCUUACCAAUCACUACACCUGUACACAGCCCAUCUGUAAUUAGCCCACCCAACUACCUCAUCCCCAUAUUGUUAUUUACAUUAUUUAUUUUGCUCAUUUGCACCCCAGUAUCUCUAUUUGCACAUCUUCUGCACAUCUAUUACUCCAGUGUUAAUACUACAUUUUAAUUGUAAUUAUUUUGCACUAUGGCCUAUUUAUUGCCUUACCUCCAUAACUUACUACAUUUGCACACACUGUAUAUAUAUUUUCUAUUGUGUUAUUGACUGUGCGUUUUGUUUAUUCCAUAUGUAACUCUGUUGUUUUUUUUUCCGCACUGCUUUGCUUUAUCUUGGCCAGGUCGCAGUUGUAAAUGAGAACUUGUUCUCAACUGUCUUACCUGGUUAAAUAAAGGUGAAGAAGAAAAAAAGAUGGAUGGCACGCCAUUGCUGGACAAUCUUCUCUAUCUCUACAGGGGAGUAGCCAAGGAGCUUGGCAAUUUUUUCUAUUUCUCCAGGGCUCUUAUUGUGCUUUAGAGUUUCCUCCACAUUGAAAACUGACAUGUACUGCAAUGGUUCGAUGUUGUCUGGCAAUCUCACCCUCAACUCAUUAGUGAGGGAGAUGGUGAAGGCUACACACCGCUUUCGGACAUUGUUUUCAUCCUCAGGCGCAAGGUGGAGCUCAGCUGCCUUUGACUCAAAAAGGUAACCAAGGUACGGUUUGGGACUGAUGUAUCCAUCUAUUGGCCCUUUGAGUACAUCAACAUUUGCCAUUGGAUUCAGCACCCUGCUGCUCACAGACUUGAUCAGGCUAACCAAGCUGUCAAGUAGCUUAAGAGGAUCUACUUGCUCUCCCUUAAAAGCCUUGAUGGCCAACUGUACCUCACCCAGCACUGACUUCAAAAAAGUCAGAUACAAUAUGUUUUGAGGAUCAUUGUACAUGGAGUAUAAAACCUCAGCCAUGUAGCAGUGUUCACUGGACUUGGUGACCAUGAAAUGCAGCCUAAGCUCCUCCCACUGGUCCAAAAUGUGUGAAACCGUGGGUUCAAUGGAGAGCCAACGUGUGGCACACACCUUGGUUAUCUGUAAAGGUUUCUCCUCACAGUUGAUGGUCUCAUAUAUGACCUUGUAGGCCUCCCUGCGCUUUGGAGACACUGAAAUCCAGUUAUUAGUCUCUCGUACCAAGUACUCCACACUACGGGGGAUGGUGUCAUUGGAAGCAUGACUUACAGCAAGCUGCAGAGAGUGGCACACACAGCGAAUAAGAACCAGAUCUUUGAGGCCAUACUCCUCCUUCAGCACUUUAUGGACCCCAUUGUUAAUCCCCGUCAUAAGAGGCAUUGUCAGUCCAUAUCCCCAGGAGUUUCUCUUUUUUAAGACAACACUUCUCGAGGAAAGCCACAACAGCACAGGCUAUAGAUUUGGCAUCUCCUUCCUCCAACUCAACAAGCCCCAGAAAUGUUGAUACAAUUGUCUGCUUAGUGUCACUAAAGUACCUUUUCACAACCCCCAGGUACUUAGAAACACAUGCAUCCGUUGACUCAUCGAGGAGGAGGCUGAAACGCUGAUCACCCACAUCUGCGACCAACCUUUUCAGAAAGUAUGGUGCUAGAACACCAUUAAUCAUUUCUGUGCACUUUGUCCUGUGCAUUUUGAAGUGGGUAGCAGCAGUGGAGUCUGAGAAAGCAGCUCUACAUGCUUCUCCAAUGUGAUCACAUGCCAGCAUGGAACAGUGUUCAGCGAUAGCUAAUGCCAUGGUGGCCUCAGCCUUUUUUGCAGAGUCAAUUUUUUUAACCAUAAAUGGCAGCUUGUUUUGGGUGGAACUGUUAUAAGGCUUUGCCUUUUGAGUAUGUUUUUGAGUUGUUCACUAAGUUUGGCGUAGAAAUCAGCCGUACAAUACAGGCAGUAUGCCCGUGUAUCAACUCCAAUAAAUGGCUUCAACCAGCCUUUGAAUUCAGGAUUUGAUUCCCACUCCUUUCUGUAUUUUUGAGUGUACAGUUUAGACUGAGACAUGAUGAGCUAGCCAGCUACAGUCGUGGUCAAAAGUUGAAUGACACAAAUACUAAUUUUCACAAAGUCUGCUGCCUCAGUUUUGAUUAUGGCAAUUUGCAUAUACUCCAGAAUGUCAUGAAGAGUGAUCAGAUUAAUUGCAAAGUCCCUCUUUGCCAUGAAAAUUAACUUAAUCCCCCAAAAACAUUUCCACUGCAUUUCAGCCCUGCCACAAAAGGACCAGCUGCCAUCAUGUCAGUGAUUCUCUCGUUAACACAGGUGAGAGUGUUGACGAGGACAAGGCUGGAGAUCACUCUGUCAUGCUGAUUGAGUUAGAAUAACAGACUGGAAGCUUUAAAAGGAGGGUGGUGCUUGAAAUCAUUGUUCUUCCUCUGUUAACCAUGGUUACCUGCAAGGAAACACGUGCCGUCAUCAUUGCUUUGCACAAAAAGGGCUUCACAGGCAAGGAUAUUGCUGCUAGUAAGAUUGCACCUAAAUCAACCAUUUAUCGGAUUAUCAAGAACUUCAAGGAGAGGGGUUCAAUUGUUGUGAAAAAGGCAUCAGGGCGCCCAAGAAAGUCCAGCAAGCGCCAGGACCGUCGGGGAUCGGGGCACCACCAGUGCAGAGCUUGCUCAGGAAUGGCAGCAGGCAGGUGUGAGUGCAUCUGCACGCACAGUGAGGCGAAGACUUUUGGAGGAUGGCCUGGUGUCAAGAAGGGCAGCAAAGAAGCCACUUCUCUCCAGGAAAAACAUCAGGGACAGACUGAUAUUCUGCAAAAGGUACAGGGAUUGGACUGCUGAGGACUGGGGUAAAGUCAUUUUCUCUGAUGAAUCCCCUUUCCGAUUGUUUGGGGCAUCCGGAAAACACACUCUACCCAGCACACUCUCCACCAGUUUUGAUAUCUCAAAUGUAUUCUUCAAGAUUGGUAAUUCGAUCAGCUGCUCCUCAUUUACAAACCGUACUCCUACAAGAUACAAAGUGACAUUCUUAUCAUGGUACUCUACUUUUCUCCUUUUUCCUUUCUUUUUUACAAUAUUCAAAUUCUCCUUGAUUCUACCGCCAUUCGAUUCAGAAUCCACUUCAUCCGCUUCCGCCAUCUUUUUCCGUCCGACAUUUUACACAUGAAAAACUUGUCCGGCCAAGUUUCCCUGAAACUAGAUCUUCCCGUUAUGAAGGACCUCCCGCCCCCACCUACCGUCAACCAAUCAUGUCAAAUGCGGAGCUAUAUGGAGGCCUCCGCAUUGUUACAAAAUUUGGGAGGCGCAUGUCGAUGCGGUACGGUGCUCAAUUUGGCCUCUGGACGUUCCACAAUUGCGUCACACCCUCCAUAUGGAGCCUGCAACCACAUUUCAGCUCAAGUAUGACUCCCGAGUGGCGCAGUGGUCUAAGGCACUGCAUCGCAGUGCUAGCUGUGCCACUAGAGAUCCUGGUUCGAAUCCAGGCUCUGUCAUAGCCGGCCGUGACAGGGAGACCCAUGGGGCGGCGCACAAUUGGCCCAGCGUCGUCCAGGGUAGGGGAGGGAAUGGCCGGCAGGGAUGUAGCUCAGUUGGUAGAGCAUGGCGUUUGCAACGCCAGGGUUGUGGGUUCGAUUAAAAAAAAAAAAAAAAAGUAUGAGCUCACUUAACUGUAAGUCGCUCUCGAUAAGGGCGUCUGCUAAAUGACGUUAAAUGUAAAAAGUAUAAAUUGGCUUUUAGAUGUUAGUUUGACCUGCUAGUGCAGGCUGCAAUAUUGCUACAAUGCUGUAUUAUGUGUUGCUGCCAUGCUAUGUUUCUUAGGUCUCUCUUUAUGUAGUGUUGUGGUGUCCCUCUUGUCGUGAUGUGUGUUUUUGUUCUAUAUUUUUAUUUUAUUUCAAAUUUUUAAUCCCAGCCCCGUCCCCGCAGAAGGCCUUUUGGUAGGCCGUCAUUGUAAAUAAGAAUUUGUUCUUAACUGACUUGCCUAGUUAAAUAAAGGUGAAAUAAAAAUAAAUUACUAAAUGUAGCUAACAUUUAGAUAGUUAAUCCAGAGAUUUUUUCCUUUUGACUUGAUACGGCAGUCUCGUCCAGAUCAUCAUCAGCAUUUGUAGUUCUUUGAUAGCCACAUUAGCAGCUAAUUAGCGUUUAAUUUUUAUUAUUUUUAUUUUUUUUUGGGGGGGGGGGGGGGGGGGGGUAAAUACAGGUGAAUAUAUUGAUAAAAGUGAACUUGUCCUAGAGAGAAUUACAUGGUUAUCAAAAAUGUCACCUUAUGUCUACCAGAUGCACAUGCGUUUUGCCAUAUGUUGUUUUUACCGGAUGUCUAGUCUGCAUUUUUCCUACUUGAUGCACAUGUGCUUCGCAAGGCAGCAGAACAGUUUGCAGAAUGGAGAAGACUAUUUUCGCCCUGUUCGAACAAAGCUAAUAAUUAGAACAGAUGGAAGUUAUUCUACUAUCGACCUACUGGUGUCAUAGGCUGGCAGAGCUACCAACAGACUGGCGCGCACAAGGGCGCAUUACAACAAUGAAUCAAUUUUAUUUCUACAGUGCAUUCGGAAAGUAUUCAGACCCUCUGACUUUUUCCACAUUUUGUUAUGCUACAGCCUUAUUCUGAAAUGGAUUAAAUAAAUACAAAUGUGCUCAUCAAUCUACACACAAUACCCCAUAAUGACAAAGCGAAAACAGGUUUUUAGAAGUCUUGAUAAAUAAAAAACAGAAAUACCUUAUUUACAUAAGUAUUCAGAGCCUUUAUGAGACUCGAACUUGAGCUCCAUUGCAUCCUGUUUCCAUUGAUCUUCCUUGAGAUGUUUCUACAACUUAAUUGGAGUCCACCUGUGGUAAACCCAAUUGAUUGGACAUGAUUUGGAAAGGCACACGCCUGUGUAUAUAAGGUCCCACAGUUGACCGUGCAUGUCAGAGCAAAAACCAAGCCAUGAGGUCGAAGGAAUUGUCCGUAGAGCUCUGAGACAGGAUUGUAUCGAGGCACAGAUCUGGGGAGGGGUACCAAAACAUGUCUGCAGCAUUGAAGGUCGCCAAGAACACAGUGGCCUCCAUCAUUCUUAAAUGGAAGACGUUUGGAACCACCAAGACUUUUCCUAGAGCUGGCUGCCCGGCCAAACUGAGCAAUCGAGGAGAAGGUCCUUGGUCAGGGAGGUGACCAAGAACCCGAUGGUCACUCUGACAGAGCUUCAGAGUUCCUCUGUGGAGAUGGGAGAACCUUCCAGAAGGACAACCAUCUCUGCAGCACUCCACCAAUCAGACCUUUUUAUGGUAGUGGCCAGAUGGAAGCCACUCCUCAGUAAAAGGUACAUGAAACCUCGCUUGGAGUUUGCCAAAAGGCACCUAAAGGACUCUCAGACCAUGAGAAACAAGUUUCUCUGGUCUGAUGAAACCAAGAUUGAACUCUUUGGCCUGAAUUCCAAGCGUCACGUCUGGAGGAAACCAGGCACCACUCAUCACCUGGCCAAUACCAUCCCUACGGUGAAGCAUGGUGGUGGUGGCAGCAUCAUGCUGUGGGGAUGUUUUUCAGCGGCAGGGACUGGGAGACUAGUCAGGAUUGAGGGAAAGCUGAACGGAGCGAAGUACAGAGAUCCUUUAUGAAAAUCUGCUCCAGAGCGCUCACGACCUCCGCCUGGGAAGAAGGUUCACCUUCCAACAGGACAACGACCCUAAACACACAGCCAAGACAACGCAGGAGUGGCUUCGGGACAAGUCUCUGAAUGUCCUUGAGUGGCCCAGCCAGAACCCGGACUUGAACGCGAUCUAACAUCUUUGGAGAGACCUGAAAAAUAGCUGUGAAGCGAUGCUCCCCAUCCAACCUGACAGAGCUUGAGAGGAUCUGCAGAGAAGAAUGGGAGAAACUCCCCAAAUACAGGUGUGCCAAGCUUGUAGCAUCAUACUCGAGGCUGUAAUCGUUGCCAACGGUGCUUCAACAAAGUACUGAGUAAAGGGUCUGAAUACUUAUCUAAGUAUUUCAGUUUAUUGUAUUUUUUAUUUUUGCAAAAAUUUCUACACCUGUUUUUGCUUUGUCGUUAUGGGGUAUUGUGUGUAGAUUGAGGGGAAAGAAACAAUUUAAUCAAUUUUAGAAUAAGGCUGUAACGGAACAAAAGUGAAGGGGUCUGAAUACUUUCCGAAUGCACUGUAUAUCAGAACAAGUGUCAGGGCUGCAGUUUUUAAGGCUUUUACACUGGUGGUUCCAACUUCCCAGGGAUACUUUUUACCAUCUCUGCAAAUACCAAAGUUGCCAAUAAAGUACUAUAUACUGUACCCACGUUAUAUUUAUUCAUUUUGGGUAAUUUUAUUCUUGAAACAUUCCAAAGAAUAUACCAUACUGUCAGUUUCCAUUCUCUGUUUCAUUCAAAAUGUAUGUAGUUCUUUUAUCUUUUUUUUUUUCUUACUGUCUCCUAGCACAUUGACUCUUGGCAUCUUAAGAGGGCGGUAUUUGGCAUGUGUUGGCCGGGACUCACUAAGUCAGGAGGACAGACAGUUGAUGAAGAGAGUGGUAGAGGAGGAACUGAUGAGGAUGCAGGUAAAGACGUUUGUGAGUAGAUACGAUUUUGUCAAUCAAUACAUCUCCCUCAGACCUGGAUCAAAUUGGCAAGUACUUUAAUUGCACUCAAUUUAGUUUGCCCAGUACAAUGGAACCAAUUGAAUAGUCUCAAAAGUGCAAAGCCUAAACCUAAAUCAAGCAGACCGCAAGUACUUUCACGUGUAGGCUAUGUCUAUGUAUUUGUAAGUAAAGAUUUUGACAUAUAUUUGACCCAGAACUGCUGUCCUACCAUCUUUCACAGUUUGAUGCCCCAUAACUUUUGAUAAAAUACUUCCUUUCUCCAUUGAGUACACACAGAUCUGAAGUGAUUAGGUGAAAAGAUGCCCGCUACAGAUCUUGGGUGGUCAGGAGUGUGGAAGGAAGAAUUAAGUACAUUCCGUUCUUAAAUACACUCAACAAAAAUAUAAACACAACAUGGAAAGUGUUGGUCCCAUGUUUCAUGAGCUGAAAAAAGGAUCCCAGAAGUUUUACAGACCCACAAAAAGAGUAUUUCUCACAUUUUGUGCACAAAUUUCUUUACAUUCGUGUUAGUGAGCAUUCCUCCUUUGCCAAGAUAAUCCAUCAACUUGACAGGUGUGGCAUAUCAAGAAGCUGAUUAAACAGUGUGAUCAUUACACAGGUGCACCUUGUGCUGGGUACAAUAAAAGGGUACUCUAAAAUGUGCAGUUUUGUCACACAACACAAUGCCACAGAUGUCUCAAGUUUUGAGGGAGUGUGCAAUUGGCAUGCUGACUGCAGGAAUGUCCACCAGAGCUGUUGCACAAGAAUGUAAUAUUAAUUUCUCUACCGUAAGCUGCCUCCAACAUCGUUUUGGAGAAUUUCGCAGUACGUCCAACCGGCCUUACAACCGCAGACCAUGUGUAACCAUGCCAGCCCAGGACCUCCACAUCUGGCUUCCUCACCCGGACAGCUGAUGAAACUGUGGGUUUGCACAACUGAAGAAUUUCUGCACAAACUGUCAGAAGCUCAUCACCUCGUCUCACCAGGGUCUUGACCUGACUGCAGUUUGUCAUCGUAACUGACUUCAGUGGGCAAAUGCUCACCUUCGAUGGCCAUUGGAACGCUGGAGAAGUGCGCUCUUCGUGGAUGAAUAGCGGUUUCAACUUUUACCUGGCAGCGUGUAUAGCGUCGUUUGAGCGAUUGAAUUUUAUCGAUGGCAAUUUUAAUGCAUUGUUGUGCCAUUCAUCCGCCUCCAUCACUUCAUGUUUCAGCAGGAUAAUACACGGCCCCAUGUCACAAGGAUCUGUACACAAUUCCUGGAAGCUGAAAAUGUCCCAGAUCUUCGAUGGCCUGCAUACUCACCAGACGUGUCAUCCAUUGAGCAUGUUUGGGAUGCUCUGGAUCGACGUGUACGACAGCGUGUUCCAGUUCCCGCCAAUGAUAUGGGACAACAUUCCACAGGCCACAAUCAACAGCCUGAUCAACUCUGUGCGAAGGACAUGUGUCGCGCUGCAUGAGGCAAAUGGUGGUCACGCCAGACUGACUGGUUUUCUUAUUUUAUUUUUAGGUAUCUGUGACCAACAGAUGCAUGUCUGUAUUCCCAGCCAUGUGAAAUCCAUAGAUUAGGGCCUAAUGAAUUUACAGUGCAUUCGGAAAGUAUUCAGACCCUUUGACUUUUUCCACAAUUUGUUACGUUACAGCCAUAUUCUAAAAUGGAUUAGGUCGUUUUUUUCCCCCCUCAAUCUACAUACACUACCCCAUAUUGACAAAGAAAAAACUGGUUCAACGGUUCUAUAGAGUUUCUUCGGAGAAGCUGCGUUGUCUGGAUGCUGAGGUCAGGUACAUGCUGGAGAGUAAAAUAUGUUUGCCAAUAAAAAAAUAAAAAAUAAAGGUCUGAAAAAACAUUUACAUAAGUAUUCAAACCCUUUGCUCAGUACUUUGUUGAAGCGCCUUUUGCAGCGAUUACAUCCUCGAGUCUUCUUGGGGAUGACGCUACAAGCUUGGCACACCUGUAUGGGCGGCAGGUAGCUUAGUGGUUAAGAGCGUUGUGCCAGUAACUGAAAGGUCGCUGGUUCUAAUCCCCGAGCCGACUAGGUGAAAAAUCUGUCUGUGCCCUUGAGCUUAACCCUAAUUGCUCAUGUAAGUCGCUCUGGAUAAGAGCGUCUGCUAAAUGACUAAAAUGUAAAUGUAUUUGGGGAGUUUAUCCCAUUCUUCUCUGCAGAUUCUCUCAAGCUCUGUCAUGUUGGAUGGAGCGUCACUGCACAGCUAUUUUCAGGUCUAUCCCGAUGUGUUCAAUCAGGUUCAAGUCCGAGCCCUGGCUGGGCCACUCAAUUCAGAGAAUUGUCCUGAAGCCACUCCUGCGUUGUCUUGGCUGUGUGCUUAGGAUCGUUGUCCUGUUGGAAGGUGAACCUUUCUCCCCAGUCUCAGGUCCUGAGCGCUCUGGAGCAGGUUUUCAUGAAGGAUCUCUCUGUACUUCGCUCUGUUAAUCUUUCCCUUGAUCCUGACUAAUCUCCAAGUCCCUGCCUCUGAAAAACAUUCCCACAGCAUCAUGCUGCCACCACCAUGCUUCACGGUAGGGAUGGUGCCAGGUUUCCUCCAGAUGUGACACUUGGCAUUCAGGCCAAAGAGUUCAAUCUUGGUUUCAUCAGACCAUAGAAUCUUGUUUCUCAUGGUCAGUAUUUAGGUGCUUUUUGGCAAACUCCAAGCGGCCUCUCAUGUGCCUUUUACUGAAGAGUGGCUUCCGUCUGGCCACUCUACCAUAAAGGCCUUAUUGCUGGAGUGCUGCAGAGGUGGUUGUCCUUCUGGAAGGUUCUCCCAUCUCCACAGAGGAACUCUGGAGCUCUGUCAGUGACCAUCGGGUUCUUGGUCACUUCCCUGACGAAGCCCCUUCUCCCCCGAUUGCUCAGUUUGGCCGGGCGGCCAGCUCUAGGAAGAGUCUUGGUGGUUCCAAACUUCUUCCAUUUAAGAAUGAUGGAGGCCACUGUGUUCUUGGGGGACCUUCAAUGCUGCAGACAUUUUUUGGUACCCUUCCCCAGAUCUGUGCCUCGACACAAUCCUGUCUUGGAGCUCUACUAUUCCUUCGACCUCAUGGCUUGGUUUUUGCUCUGACAUGCACUGUCAUCUGUUGGACCUUAUAUAGACAGGGGUUUGCCUUCCCAAAUCAUGUCCAAUCAAUUGAAUUUACCACAGGUGGACUCCAAUCAAGUUGUAGGAACAUCUCAAGGAUGAUCAAUGAAACAUGAUGCACCUGAGCUCAAUUUAGAGUCUCAUAGCAAAGGGUCUAAAUACUUUUGUAAAGUAAGGUAUUUCUGUUUUUUAAUUUUAAAUGUGCAAACAUUUCAUAAAAUCUGUUUUCGCUUUGUCAUUAUGGGGUGUUGUGUGUAGAUUGAGGAAAAUGAAUUUAAUCCAUUUUAGAAUAAGGCUGUAAUUUAACAGUGGAAAAUGGCUAGGGGUCUGAAUACUUUCCCAAUGCACUAUUUCAAUUGACUGAUUUCCUUACGAACUGUAACUCAAUCAAAUCUGUAAUUGUUGUGUUUUUAUAUUUUUGUUCAGUGUAGUUUACUUCGGAUGAGAACUCACUACAGUUUUCCAGUCCCAAUUAAAUUACAUUCAUUUUCAUUGCUCCUGGUAGGUGCAUGGUCCGUUUCGGUGCAUGCUGUCACGACAGUCCCGAGCUGUUGCAUUUUUCAGGAGUUAUCUCGAUUCGAGCUGGUCUCGGUUAUAAUCUUACCUGUGACCUCUGCCCCUCUCUCAGGACAGUGACAGUAGUGAAAAUGAAACCAUUCUCGACGUUACCCCGACACCUCGCCACAACAAGCGGAAGAGGGGUGAGGAGGAGGAGAAAGGAGGCAGGACCAACGCAGAUGGAUCCAAGGCAAAGAGAUCUAGACUUCAGUCGGCCCAAUCAGGUAAUUUCCAAUAGUAGUGGCUCUUGGGUGAAAUUCUCCUCAUGCAAAACAGCACAGAAAUAGUCUGCAGUACUAUUGAUUGUAUUUCUAUAUAUAUUAAACUUUUUGUUUUAAGAUGUCUGUGAAAAGGUAUAUUAUUAAUUAACCUGAGUGAAAAUGUGUUGUGACUUGUCCACAACUCAACAUAAAUAGAUGGGACUUCACACAUAAUAUACGUUUUUAAUUAUAGUGGUGCAAAGAAAAUGCUGCCCUUUGUCAUAGUGAAAGCCCACAGUGUGUGCUGCAGUUAAUAUUGCUGGUCAAAUAUUAACUUGAGACACACAUUGCCUAUUAUGAACCAUGCCUAUUAUGAAGUAUUGAGACUCAUCCCAUGAUUUGUUUUAAAGAAUUAAGACUUACCAUAGAAUAUUCUAUGAUGGCCACUGUAUUUGAAGCAGUAUUUUCUCCAAAUCUAAUUUAGCGAUUUGAUAAAAGUAAAAUAAAAUCUCUUUCAAACAAUUUAAGAUUCCCCAGAUUCUGGAAUAGAGAGAGUGGGAAAUGGAGAAAGGCAGAGAGAGGAAGAAGAUGAGGAGGAGGAGAAGGACAUGGGAAGUGAUGUAGAGGAUGAUCAAGUUUCCCAAAUCGGCACCAAGAAAAAAAAGGGGGGACACAAAGGAGUACACAAUGGUGGGAAGACGGAAAUUAGCUCAGAGAGUGAGGUUGAGAUCAAAAUGGUGAAUCGGAGGAAGAGAGAACAAGACUCUGAAGUUGAGGAGAACAAAAAGAAGAAACAAGGAGAUGAAACCAACAAACAGGAAAAGGACAAUGUCAAUUCAGACAGGGACUCUGAAGAGGACAAAAAACAGAAAAGGAAAAGAAGAACGGGAGGAAAAGAAAAUGUGGAUGUGAAAGUGCAGAGCAAGGGUUUGAAAGGGAACAGAAGGAGGGAGAGUGGAAAUGAGGAAAAGGGAAAACCAUUGCAAGAAAGAGUGCAGGUUGUUGGGAGUGACUCGGAGCGCAUUGGAGAGGCCGAAGUAAUGGAACAGAAAAGGGUAAAAAGACAAAGAAAUGACAACGACUCCAGGUCAGAGAGUGAGGGAGAAAAUAAUGCAUCUUCAGAGGAAGCCAGCGGGGGAGAGGGUGAGUUAUGAAGUGGUGUGUUCAUGUGCAUGCAUAAUGUGUCCUAGUAAAGGCCCAAACAUAGUGAAAAAUCCAGGGAUAGGAUACCAUUUAUGAAACCCUAAUGACAAGGGUUCAAGUAAUGUACUAUUUCCCCCUCCCUAAAGUAUUUUUAUUUUAUUUUUUUCUCAGAGGAAACCAAGGAAGUGAUGGCUAAGACAAAGGAUGAGCCAGCCCAGGACUCCGACUCUGGCUCAUCCCUCCCAUCAUUGGAGGACGAAAAGGAAAGUGAGGAGGUCAGGCCAGAACAGGUGAAAAAGAGGAAGCCUGUGGCUAAGCAGCCAAUAAAGGGCGAGGGCAGUGAGAGUGCAUCCAAAGGAGGAAAGGUGAGGCCAACUCAAGCACACAGUAGGAACAUAGGUAGUUGCCAACACAUUUUCACAUUCACAAUGUAUGCUGCAUCAGACCUGGUUCAAAUACUCAAGUAGAGCUGAAGGUAUUGGAUCAAUAUAAUACGCAGUAUGGUGAAAUUACGGGCCAAAGGCAAGGUGGAGCUACUACUAUAUUGCCCAUGCGUCGCCAAAUCCCUUCUGAUCUAUUCAAAGUGUUGCCUGGAAACCCGACGUUGAAUUCUAUAGAAUUCUACGUUGGGCAGAAAUUAGCGUUUUGAAUCCGGAAAGUUUCCCAUCACGACCUCUACAAGACAAUGUUAAAUACAAUUUUAUUUGUAAUGAUACUUUCCUGUGGAUAGUUUGUCUCACAUUCCUACCACCAAAAGGACCAACCACACAGACAACCAGUAAAGUAUGUUAAAAUAUAAUUUUAUUCAACAUUCUGGUUUGUAGAGGUUGUGAGAGGAAACUUUCCUGAUGUAAACGCUAAUUUCUGCCAGACGUACAAUUCAAUGUUUCCAGGCAAUACAAAGUGUAGAGGCAAGGGGCUCUUUCUGGACUCUGCCUUAGCCUAAUCCUGGAAAUAUGUGCUCCAUCCAUGUAACAUGAAGGACAACGAGGCGAAGGCGGUGGCCAGGCUGAGGCGUUACAUCGCCCUCUGUGGUGUGAGACGGAACUACAAGAAGCUCCUGGAUGGCUGCCGCUCCAUCAAGUCAAAGGUGGCUGUGCUGAAGAGGGAGCUUGAAGAACUUGGUGUCAAAGGUAUUUGGGGGGGCGGGGGCAGGGGCAAUGAAUUCUAAUUCUCUCAUUUGGUCCAUAUGCCCUCGCUCACUCCACCAAAUUGAAAAUAUUUCUAAGGACUGGAUAGGUUGUACACAAUAGCUCCAUGUAGCCUUUCAAUUGGUUAAUGUGUGAAUCCGCUAUAUUGUUUACACCUAUCUGAUGCUUUUAAAGUCCCGUUUAUACCUGGCGCUAACAUGUGUCCUUUGUCCUGAUCUUGUCGACAUUCUGAUUGUGCCCACAUUUUCAGACCUACACAUGGUAUAAAAAUGUGUCUUUUAUCCGUCCACUGUGCCCGCAUUGUGACCAGAUUUCCAGGUCCUUGCCUGUAUGCAUAAUUGUUUUAAUAAUAUUAAUUUAUUUAUUUUAAGACUCCUAUUGAUGCCAUAAGUCAAUGGUGCCACCUGUCAAUGAUUUUGAGGGUGGGAUAAUGAUAAUAAUAAUAUAAUAUAUUAUUUAUUAUUAUAAUGAUGAUUUUAAAUGGUUUCACUUUCCAGAUGCGUCUACACUUGUAAGUUAUCCAGACAUGAUGCAUGCCUGACUACCUCUGAAGGUGAUCUGGAAGAUCUGAUCACAAUCAGAUCACAAUGCGUCUUUUAAUCGUCUACACCUGUAUAGAAAUUUGGGGAGAAUCAGAAUGUGGACAAGAUUAGUACAAAGGACACAUUAGCACCAGGUAUAAAAGGGGCUUAUAUCUGUGAGGUGGAGUGAGCCAUGGUGGCAUCGCUGGACAGUGGAAAACUUGCUGGGAACUAAUGGCUUCUGACUCUCCCCUCAGGUCAGCCUUCUAUAGAGAAGUGUAAGAAUGCCAGACUUAAGAGAGAGGAGGCUCAGGAGUUGGCAGACCUAGAUGUCAGCAACAUCAUAACCACAACAGGUGACAUUUUCGCCCACUCCUAA